UUUUUGUUUCCUCACCUGUCAGUUCUGACACUGUGCGAGUGUUCAUCCUCGUCUCUUUGGCUGUUUACCAGAAACAGGUCUUCUCUUAUCAAGAAUAAAUGAUCGCGCUGUGUGCUCGGCUGACACCGGACUGAGGACAGCAUCCAAAGCGGUCAUCUAGCUGCUACAGCGUAGGCCUGUGCAAGCAUGGAGCCUCUGGCAGUGGAUGAUGACAUCUGUAUUCUGAAACACGAGACAGCCUUCACCACCUCCGGCGAGAGCCCAGUAUCUGUGUGUGCUGGCGACGAGUCUGUCGCUUCCCACUUUGCCCUGGUCACAGCCUAUGAGGACAUCAAGAAGAGGCUGAGAGACACGGAGCGAGAGAAUACUCUGCUAAGGAAGAGGGUCAAGCAGCUGGAGGAUAAGCUCUUCAGGCCCGAUGCACCUCCAUCAGAGGGUCCCCAGUAUGUGAAUAAGGCCUUCAGUGCUUACCGAGGUAUCUAUAUAGAGAAGGAAGAUCUGCAGAUGGAGCUGAACAAACUGAAAAAGGAGAAGAGUGAGAGUGAGAGGUUGCUGAUGGAGCAGCUCCAGGCCAAAGAGUGGGAGCUGCUGCAGCUGAGGACAGAAAUGGAUACCAGCCAAGGUACAGUGAUGAAGAGCCUGAACAGCCCUCAGGAUUACUGGCAGGUGGACAGGGUCAGCACUGAGCUGAAGAUCCACAAACUACAGGAGGAGCUUGAGAGAGUGACACUGGAAAACAGCAGACUGCUGGAGAGAGGUGGGGAGGAACCCCACGGCCUUAAUGGACCAGACUUGGGCCUGACCUGUGACACAAAGUUUAAUGCAAGUGAGAGGAACAUGCAGCAGAUGUGCCAGGCUUUGAACAGUGAGGUCAAUCGUCUCGUCUCGGAGCUGAAGCACCAAUCAGGCCUGAUCAGUAAACUCAGGCCGCUGAUCAACGAAACAAGACAAGCUUCCUCAACAGUUCCAAUCCAGUGUCUGGAUGACGUAGAAAAGAACAACCACCCAGGUCCUCGGGCGUCCGUCCCUCGUCCCCCUAGUGCCCCCCCACUCCCCUCGUGUUCUGGACGUCCCUGCCCUCCUGUCGGUGGCCCAUCGGGCCCCCUGUUGCCAGACAGCCUGAAGGAGGACUGCUGGUACAAUGGACCCUGGCCCUCACAUAGCUGUUCAGAAGAGGCUUUAGCUGGCAGUAAUGCCGUCCUGCCCCCGCCGCCCUUAAACCAAGCUUCCCUGGACGAGAGCUCCAGGUCCUUCCCUAGUCCUCCCAAGCCCAGUGACGCCAUAUUCUGGGAGGGACACUCUGCUGCAUCCAGCUCCUCAUCACUUAUGGGAAACAGCAGUCCUAGGAGCCCUCCUAACACUGAGUGGGCAAAGCCCUAUUGAGAGCAGCUUUGACCGGAUAAUAGAUGAUUAUGAAAUAGUUUGCAGUUGGAUGGAUGACUUGACUCUGCAACCCUGCCACAUAGCUACCACCUAACCUGCCUUAAGCUGAUUAGACCACUCCCCUGGCCUGGACCUACUGGUUGUGGGAACUAACUGAAACCAGAGGAAGCCUUUCAGAGGUGAGAACUCUGCACACCUGCUGAUUUCUCUGCUCACUGCACUGGUGAACUUAUCUGACCAUGCAGAGGGUAGGUUGAGGAGAGAGAGGCCCUCAGUAGAAUCUAAAGUUUUUUCUGUGAGUGUGUGUCCUUGUGUGCACAUGAUUCAAAGUGUGUCCCAGCGCGCAUACGAGCAAUUUAACUUCAGUGUGUGCAUGUGCGCACAUUAAAAAGCGCGUGCCUGUGUUUGCAGAUCAGUGUGCGGGCAUCUCUUGCCUACCAGUUAUCUGCAUCUCAUCAUAAUGAACCCAGUAGGGCUCAAAGAGCCUCUUUUCUUCAUUCAUUAUGCGGCCACAGCUGGACACACAGCAGAAUACUUUGUAAAACUGUAUUCAGUAAAAUGCAGGUCUUUUUACAUUUGAUCGCUGUAUAGUAUUCAAGGUCCCAUGUAUGUCUUGUGGUCAUGUGAAGAAACUGUGUAGGUGCAAGGUUUUUGAUCCAAAUUUUAAAGGCUACCAAAUAAACCCGUCUUUUCUCAAUUGUUUUCAUAUCAGUCCGUACACAUCAUUAUCCAAGAAGCUAUGCUUACCAAAUCAUUUUUGAGAAUGCAGUCACAAUGUUUGGAUUUAUGAGAUUAAUGAGUCGCAAAUAAUAAACUUUUAUCUUAUGGUGUGUCGCUAUCUGAAAUAGAACAUAAUCCACGGGGGCACAAGAACAACUGUUCUCACAGAAAUUUCACAACUCCUGCAAACCUGUAUAAGCCUGCCUGUUAUCACAUAUUCAGUUUUCGAAUUCUGUUGGAAGGGGACAUGUAUAUGUAAUGCUGUGAGUUGUUGGGUGUUUUUCUUUCAGUUUUUUUUUUCCCGUUAAGGACUCGUGGAAUAGAAUUCAUAAACUCCUCUGUAUUUCUGAAACCUGAUUAGGUUUGUGGAGAUUUUGAACAAUAACAAAUGUAUUCUAAACUCUGUACUGUGCUGGUGUUAAGCUAUGACACAUCCGUUUGGCAGUAUGAGGUUCUCUUUGAUUUCUAUUUUUUACAAAUAAACUGAAGGAUGUACAAAAGAAACACACAUUAUAAACAGUACACAACAUACAUAAAUGGAAGAAUGUGCAUAUCUGUAUAAAUGUAAAUGGUGGGCUUCAGUUCUCUGCCACGCUGUUUUGCACUCCAAAACAUAUAUAUAUUGUUUGUGGUUAUUUUCCUCCCUCGCCCUAAGACGUCUGAUGUGUCUGCAAUGGUGGCAACUUAAUAAGUGCAUUAACAUGCAGAAAUGUGCAAAAGUGACUUGACAAAUAGGUGCACAAAGCACAAAGGGCACGUAUCAUUGAAAAAAAUGCAUUUUCUUCUUUUUUUGUUUAUGAUAACUGUGGUCUUUUUGUUCAUUCAUUUUUCAAGAAUUGUUCUUUUACAGCAGUAGUUUCAUACUUCUGUAAACGACUUGCAAACCAAAAUGCAAUGUACAGUAGAUACGGAUUAUAUUUUAGAUUUACUGCACUUCAGACUGUUUGUAAAUAUGAUCAAUUAAACAAAUGAAAAGGAA